GGCAGCCUCCAUAAAUCCCAUCCCCCUCUCCCUGAGCACGCAGCCCUGACAAGACGCCGUCCGUCCAAGGAAACCAAGCCAUUGUGCAAUCCACGCCCAAGUCUAGCCAGGUCUUCCUCCUCUAUCCCACUUUUGCUUUCGCCUUCUACGUUGAAGGAUUUCGACUUUCAGGGUUUGGCAGUGCGACUUAGAGAAGAGGAAGGGGCGGAGCUAUGGGCAACUCCGGCAGCACAGGUAGAAGUGAGAUCUCUCCGCGAAUAAACCCGGAUAGUACCCUAGCGGACUCACCAUGGGGAGGAUUCGAACACCGGUGGUUAGCUCCCGCGCGUCUAGGAAAGACCCAUGUUCCAGAUUUAGAAUGGAAGGUGCACAACUUCUCAGCGCUGCUUGAGACGAAAGCUUCCUCGGCGAUAUCUUCUUUUUUUCACUGCUCUGGGUACAAGUGGUACCUGCAAGUGACUCCAAAGCACAAUCAAGAUGCUCAAGUGUCUCCAAAUCGCAAACAAGAUGAUAAAGGAAAUCCAUAUGUUGCUCUUUCUCUUAUGAUAUUCCGGGAAGGCUUGGAGCCAGGUCACACGGUGCAUGCAGUGUUUGAGUUGUCAAUAUUUAACCAUUCGAAAGGAAUGUAUCGUGGAUGCAAAGCUAGCUACAACUUCAAUGUCAAGAAUACCUACUCGAACAAGGAAUGCUUGAUUCCUCUUGAAGAGAUACUAAAAUCACCUGCUUUUCUAGUUGAUGAUAGCUGUGUCUUUGGUGUGGAGAUAUUAAAAAUUGACGUCUCUUCUCCCGAAAUGAAGUCUGCCGUGAUUCAGAAAAAGGCUACCACAGUUCAGAACCUCUUUGUCCAGAAGAAGGGAUUCAUCAAAGGGACAUACACUUGGACCAUGAACAAUUUCCUAGAAUUGGACUCUCAGCACUUUGUCCGUUCUCCUACAUUUGAAGUUUGCGGGCAUAAAUGGUACAUGGGCAUGUAUCCGCGUGGUGACAAGAGCAGCACUGAUUGCCUCGCCUUGGGUUUGUACGCGGAGUCCUCGGAUGAGCUCUUUAUCGAGUCCAGGAAGGUGCUUCAAAUGAGUCUGUCCAUCCUGGACCAAAAGAAUGGGAAAUACUUCACAAGAACUUCAGGUCUCUUGGUGUGUUUUAGUCAAGGCUGGUCAUGGUCCGACUUCUUGCCACUCAAGGAACUCCAGGAUCUGUCCAGAGGCUACCUUAUAGAAUCGAACUGUGUCGUCAAGGCUGAUCUUACUAUCUUUGGGUCAUCCAGUGAUGGCUAGAUGCUUACCUCGUGGCCUGAUGUAGAGUUAAUAUGCCUUCAUCCUACUACUAUAUAUACAUAUAUAUGAGAUGGUGGUGUUGAUUUGUUUAAAGUUCUUAUAUAGUAUUAAAGAUGAACUAGUUCACAAGAAGUCGAGAAAUGAUUACUAGGUAUAUUGUCUCUAAUAUAUUAUUUGCAAGUA